AUGCUGAGAGAGAGCUACGCUUACUCGACUUCCUACGUUGGCCCAAGAUACACGACCCCGAUUAUAGAGGAAGGCGACGACAACGCCAAAACCUUUUGA